AUGCCCCAAUCAAUAAUGAAAUACCCACAUGACAGAGGCAGUAAGAGGUUUAUCUUCGAAAUAUGCAUACAUCGUCUAACCCUUUCAGUUCCAGUUCGUACCUAUGUCAAUUUUGUAUGGGUCGGAGGCACUCAUAGAAGUCAAAAUUGCAACCCAGUAGAGCUUGAGGCUAAUAGUCAAUACCACCGUAUCAACCAAAAACUGGUCCUGCAUCAAUCAUUUAAUGGAAACAGCAAUGGUGGUAAAUACUCCACUGUUUAUGAGCCUAGAUUGACAAGACUUAAGGUUGUAGAAGCAGAUCAGUAUUCGAAGCAUAAAGUACUGGCGGAGUGUAUGAUUGACCUAUCCGAAUUUUUAGAGACGCCAAAUGAUGGACUUUUGUCCAUUCCCUUGGGAGGCUCUAAUGAUCCAAACGCGGCAAUACGAAUUAGCGUUAAUGUUACAGCAUUUUUGAAAGGAGACGACGAGGCUGUAAGUGUAUCAUCAGUACUAUCAACUAUUUCGGAAUUCCCUGGAGAUCUACAAUCGGAACAUAAAUGGGACCCUAACGCUAGCAUAUCUAGAACCUGUAUGCUGCAUGAAUAUGGUAGUGAAGAUAUUUACAAAACAAUUAAUCGCAUGGCCACCAAGCUCUCAAAGGUUGAAAGGGAAAUUCAAUCUAAGACUAUAAAGUUGAGCAAGGUUAACAGGCAAAAUAUGGAUGAGAUUAAUGGUAUGAAGGCACAACUGGAGCUACAAAUUGCCCAGAAAGAUAAACAAAUCAAGAUCUUAGUAAAUCAGCUAGACGAGAUGCAUACCGCAUUGGCCAUAUCUCACCAAAGAGAACUAGAGCUUGGGGGUGCCAUUAGUGAAGUAGAAGAAAAUGAUGAAUCUUUAGAUAAUUAUAAGAAAAAAUAUGUAAGGAAGGUUAGAGCUUCCAGUAUGGAUAAUGGAGAAUUUGUAACCACGAAACACUAUGAAAGCAUAGUACAUGAUGAAGUUGCCAAGUACGUUCCUGUAUAUCCAUCAAAAUCGCAUGGUCGUUCAAGGACAUAUGUACCUAUAAGGAGUCAUUCUAGAGAGUACAUGCACCAUUCCAUUGAAGAUGAGUAUAUCGAACCAGACACUCUGUCUACUAAAGUUAAGCAACUAGCCAUCCCAGAUGACGACAAAGAGUAUUACAUCAAUCAAAAUAAUAAGUUGAAGGAUGCCAUAAGGGAAUUAGAAUCAGAAUUGAAGUACAAGGGUUCAACUAUGACAAAAGAACCCACCACGCGUCUCAGAUCUGGAACACUUCCUAGAUCUUAUUCGAGGGAAGAAUCAUAUGUGCACGUGGAAGCUAAGAAUUGCGGCAGCAACAUAGGCACCCAUAUAGGCACCAAUUUUGUUGAAACACCACUUCAUAUGCGCCCCUAUGGGUCAAGGAUUGGAAGCAGUAGACCAUUUGAACCCGUUUACAAUCGCAUACCGACAGGAUAUCCAAAAAGUGGAGUUUCAUUAAAUGACAGAUCGUCAUUACCAAGAGAUGUAAACUCAUGUUUCGCCAAUUCCGCUAGAGCAAACAACUUAACUGGCCCUGGGCAAUACUUUCACAGCUACAAAUCCAUAACCAAACAAACCAGCGCGACCAACAUGGUAAAUCCUAGGGAAGAUCCGCCCCUAUUCCACGUUAGAAGGGUAAUAGGUUAUAGCAAACCACAGCCGGGAAGUGACCACCUUUUUCCUGUACAAACUAACGUAAAGGCAACUAGUGGUAUAGGUGUCCCUACCAGCAAAAAUGCGAAUACAGUUGAUUUGGAAUCCAAGAUCAUGGGUUUGGAGAUGGAAUUAGCAACAACCAAAGUUGCCUUGGCUGAUAGCGAGACACGAAGAGAGGCGGAUAAAAAUGUGUUCACUAAACAAUUAUCCGAAGCAAAGUAA